AUGUCUGGCUACGUUGAAGGCGCCGUUGUCAAACUUAACCAGCCAGCAAAUGGCAUCUAUUACGCCACGCAGAUAUCUGAUGCAGAAGCCGUUGCAUCUUCUCUUAAAGCUGUAUCCCCCCAGCCCGAAGUCCGUAUCAACUUUGGGCCAAUCAGCUUUCUUGAAGUUCUCACUGUGUCUGGCUUCGUCGAUACUAGCACAUACGAAGCCUCCGUAUCGGUCUCUGUACUUGGGAUCAGUCUCGGCACAUUGACCGGAAGCCUCAAGACUGGUAUCUCAGUUCAGGUCAACCUAAUUGCAGUCAAGGGUGAAAUACGAUUUUACCUGAAAAAUACCAAUGAACUCUGGGUGCAUUUUGAUCUCAGUGUUAUUUUCGAUGGAAAUUAUACCGAUGAUGUUAAAAUAAUCACUCUAUAG